AUGAGGCUUCUUACCCGGCAAACUGCAUAUACGACCGCAAGAACCGCCCUUUUAAACAAAACAACACUCUCCAGCUUCAGCCGUGCUGGCGUUUCAACACUUCACGCCAAGAUCAACAGCCCGCCUCCAAGAAUCGUCAAAAGUCAAGGAUGUUGGUUAGAAACAGACCAAGGUCAUCGAAUUCUGGAUGCAUCUUCAGGUGCAGCUGUUGUAUCGAUCGGGCAUAAUGAAUCGCGAGUCAAGGAUGCCAUUGCUGUUCAAUUGGAUCAGGUAGCAUAUUGUUACAACCCAUUCUUCACGACAGAAGCAGCAGAGAAGAUUUCUAGCUUCUUGACUGAGUCUACCAAUGGGGCUAUGUCGAAGGUUUUCAUCGUCAGCUCAGGCACUGAAGCUGUUGAAGCAGCUCUGAAGAUCGCUCGUCAGUACUUUACAGAGCUACCAACACCACAACCAUCCAGGACGAAAUUCAUUGCUCGAAAGCAAUCUUAUCAUGGAAACACUCUUGGAUCGUUGGCUGUGGGAGGCCAUAAGGCCCGACGUGGAGUGUACGAACCAAUCCUUGCAACCAAUGUCUCUCAUGUUUCUCCAUGCUAUCCUUAUCGAGAGAUGAAAGCAGACGAAACAGAACAGCAAUAUGUUCAACGUUUAGCUAAGGAGCUAGACGACGAGUUCCAGCGCGUCGGUCCCGAUACUGUUUGUGCGUUUAUCGCUGAAACAGUAUCUGGAACAUCAUUGGGUUGUGCGCCUCCGGUUACUGGGUACUUCAAGGCUAUCAAAGAAGUAUGCGAUCGUCACGGUGCUCUUCUGAUUAUGGAUGAAGUCAUGUCUGGAAUGGGAAGAACUGGCACGCUACAUGCUUGGGAGCCGGAGGGUGUAGUGCCAGAUCUACAGACUGUUGCAAAAGGACUGGGGGCUGGCUACAUGCCCGUGGGAGCCUUACUUGUUGGUAACAAAGUUGCAGAUGCUCUUGCUAACGGGUCAGGAGCUUUCUCUCACAGUCAAACUUAUCAGGGCCAUCCUGUUGCAUGUGCAGCCGCGUAUGCUGUGCAGACUGUUAUGAGAGAAGAUAAUAUGCUGCAAAAUGUGCAGAAUAUGGGGAAAGUACUGGGUGAGAAGCUUAAAGAGAGGCUAGGAGGUCACAAGAAUGUGGGAGAUGUCCGUGGAAGAGGGCUUUACUGGGGGUUGGAAUUUGUUCGGGAUAAAGAGACAAAGGAGCCUUUUGAUCUGAGCGAACAAGUGGCUGGAAAGUUGCACAAGGCUGGUCUAGGAGCUGAUCAUGGCAUUUCAUUGAUUCCAAGUACCGGCUGCCUUGAUGGUGUUCGAGGAGAUAUGGCGAUCGUCUCACCUCCUUUUACAAUCACAAAGGAGGAGAUCGAGAUAUUAGUUGACAAGGUCGAGAAAGUAGUUAUUUCUGUCCUGGGCGCAUAG